AUGAGCAACGUAUUUGAAGGAAUCGAAAAACGCGUAGUAAUCAAGCUAAGAAAAAAUGUGUUUAUGAACGGAAACAUAAAUUCCCUAUUAGAUAUAUCACGAGAUUUAUGGGAAGAAAAGCUUCAUUUAAUAGGUUGUAAUAUAGUAUCAGAAAUAAAAGAAGAUAUAAAUGCACCACUAAAUGAAAGAUCCAGAGUAUAUUUAUUAUCAGAAAGUUCAUUAUAUAUAUACAAUGACAUGAUAUAUAUAAAAACCUGUGGAAAAACAAAAGUAUUAUUUUUUAUUCCUUUUCUUGUUGAUAUAUUAAUAUAUAAAUGGAAAAAAUACUUUGUCUUAGAAAAACCCAAUUUAUAUAAUGAAUCCUUUAUUCAAAAUAAUACGAAAUUAGAAGAAAUUUUGGAUUUUAUACAAAACUAUUUUGAAUAUUCCUUCUUCACACACAUGAAUUAUAAAAAUGUAACAAAAGAUGGUUAUUAUGAGCAAGAAUAUCCUCAUAAAUCUGUUGACGAUGAAAAAGUUUUUUUCAAAUUUUUUCUAAAAAGUAUGGAAUUUAUUAGCACGCCUUUGCCUAUGAAUAGAAAUCAUUACAUUUUUUUUUCGCAAGUUAACAAAGAUGCAACAAUAGAUACUUCUGCUUUGAACGUAUUCCCCAAUUUUUGUUCUGAAAUGCACUUAUUUGGGAUUAAAAAAUAUAGUAUGCCAAACCAAUUCCAUAGUGAAUAUUUAACUUAUGAUUCGCUCAAUGUACUUUCUAAGUAUUCUAUAAAUAUUCCAAAAUCUGAAGAAAGCGAAAAGAUAGAGGUAUGUAACAGUAGUGUGUAUUCAUUUGACUCAGUUGAAAAUUCAUCAAAAUACACAAGCAACACUGCAAAUACGAAUAUUACAGUAAAUGUUUCUAAGGAUCUAGACAAUAACUCAAUCAAUACUUUGUAUAAUACAAUAGACGAUCAAACAGUAAUGUUAACUUGUUCUGAUGACAAAAAUAAUAAUUUAAAUGAAUUUGAUUCAAAAUUAUUAUUAGCUGAAGAAAAUUCAAAAAAUAUGGAUAAGGAUAACACGCAAGUAUUCGAUAAUAAUAAUUAUAUCUUUAUUUCAACUCCUAAAGCACAAGAAACUUAUAGUAACACUAAUAGUGUUAGAAGCAAUGAGAAAAGUACAUGCAGUAGUAACACAUAUACUUCUUUAUUACAAAAUGAUUUAAAAGAAUUCCAUCCAAAAAAUAACUCUAUGGAUACAAUAGAAGAUGAUGGUAAACUUUUAGUAGAAGAAGAAGUUAUUAGUUACAUAAGCAAUGAAGAAACAAUCGAUGCAAAAGUUGAGCAGCUUGAUAACUUAUCAAACAAAAAUAUGUUGGAUAAUAAUUUAGAUAAAAAUUAUGAGCAAACCGAAGCAAACGGCCCUUCCUUAUCAUCUUUUACAAUUGCAUGUUCUGACUUUCUUAAUAAAAAUGCAAAUGACGAAAAAGGCAAAGAUAACACAUCAAGCAAUAUGGGCAUCAAAAAAAUUGAAGAAAAUUUAUAUGAAUGCAUAAAUAUACAAAAUAAUGAAAAAUUUAUGUAUAACGAAUUUUAUUUUGUUCCAUACGGAUUUUCUUGUAAUGUUGCAAAUAAAAAUAAUUAUUUAUGUGUUCAUUAUUCACCUGAAGAUUGUGUUUCAUAUGUAUCUGUAGAAUUAUCAUGCGUAUUGAAAUCAGAAAAUUUUAUGAAUUUUAUAAAAAAACAGCUGAAUUUUUAUAAGGCACAAUAUUUAUACAUAGUUAAUUAUUUGUAUGAUUUUAACGAAGAUACGUUGGCACAGAAAUCUGGAGAUAAUAAUAGCGAUAACACUAAUCGAUUCCUCUCAGUUUUAUUAUCCUCUCAAAAUAAUAAGAGUAUAAAAAGCAUCAAUGAAGUAAUAGAAGUAAAUAAAAAAUUGGGAAACAACAUUAUUAUAAACAAUGAUCAGUAUUACAGUUUAUGCGCAAAAAAAGAACAAUAUGUUGGCUUUUUAAAAAUUCAAUAUUGUGUUUAUGAACAGAAAAAUUUUAUUCGAAACGAAGAAAAAAUCAAACCAUACAACUCUAUUUAUUUUGAACAGCCUAACAAAAAUGCACAGAAUGUUAACGCAUUGAAAUCUACAACACCAUUAUCUUUACAAUAUGUUAAUAGUAUGUAUGAAUAUAGUUAUAAUUUUUGCAAAGAAAAUAACAUUCAUAUCAUCGAUAUAAAAGAUGAUUUGAACUCGAUGGAUAAUACUUCAAACUCCAAUCGUAAUAAUUAUUCUAUAAGUAAUUCUAGUGAUAACGCUGAUGAUAUUCAUAUGGAAAAGAACUCGAGUAUACUAAACUACGCUCAUGAAACAAAAAAACGAACGGAUCAUAUAUCAUCUUUUCUUUUAGAUGGACAAGAAUUUCAAAGUGAAAAAAGUAGGUUGGGUUCUGAAACGAAUAGCAAUACCACAGACGAUGAUAACAACGAAUUUGUUUUGGAAAAAAAACAUAAAAAAGAAAUGAUGAAUUAUUAUCGUAAUAAUAAAGCAGAAAUAUGCACAUUUAAUAAAAUGCUAAAUGAAAAUAUUGACACAUCAGUAAUUUGUAUUAAUUUACAAAAAAUAUUAUUACAAUAUAUUCGAUUUAAAAGAAACCUACCAAGAGUUACACCAUUUUAUGCAGUAAAAAGUAACGAUGAUGAAGUUGUCUUAAAAUUUUUAUAUGGCUUAAAUUGUAGUUUUGAUUGUGCAUCCAUUGGCGAAAUAAACAAAUUAAUAACCCUUUUACCAAACAUAUCUACAGAUAGAAUAAUUUAUGCUAAUACUAUUAAAAGCCCAGCUUCAUUAAAAUAUGCAAAAGAAAAAAAUAUAAACUUAUGCACAUUUGACAAUAUUGAUGAGUUGAAAAAAAUAUGUAAAUAUCAUCCUACUUGCUCAUUACUUUUACGUAUUAAUAUAGAUUUUAAAAAUUAUAAAUCAUAUAUGUCGUCAAAAUAUGGUGCAAAUGAAUAUGAAUGGGAAAAAAUUCUUAAAUUUGGAAAAGAAAACAAUAUGAAUAUUAUAGGUGUAUCAUUUCAUGUAGGUAGUAAUACAAAAAAUAUAUUCGAUUUUUGUCAAGCUAUAAAAUUAUCGAGAGAAGUUUUUAAUAUUAGUCAUCGCCUUGGGUAUAAAUUUGAAAUUUUAAAUAUGGGGGGUGGAUAUCCUGAAGAAUUAGAAUAUGAUUUUGCAAAAAAAAAUGAAGAAAAACAUUAUUGUACUUUAAAUGAAGAAGAAUUAAAAAAAUAUAUCAUGAGUUUUUUAAAUGAAAAAUCAGUUAUUAAAAAAAAUUAUAACUUUUACAAUUUUGAAAAGAUUGCACUUGCUAUUAAUAUGUCUAUAGAUCAUUAUUUUAAGGAUAUUAAAGAUCAAUUGAGAAUUAUUUCUGAGCCUGGUAGAUAUAUGGUUGCUUCUUCAUCAACACUAGCUGCCAAAGUUAUUGGAAAGCGAUGCCCUACUUUUUCCCCUAUCAGAUUAUCCAAUUUAAAAAAUGCUGAAGAUAAUAAUGAUAAUGUGGUAAGCAAUGAACAAGUGGCUAAUAACGACAAUUAUCAGCAAAAUGAUGAUGGAAAUAUACAAAAUAAAGACCAAGGAAAUUGCACAGGAACUAUACCAAUUGCAGAAUUAAAAACUGAAAAAGAAAGCAAACAUUUAACAUCUGAAGUAUGCACUAAUGGAGAGAUACAAACAAACAAUGUAUAUAAUACUAGCACAAAUCAUGAAAAUGUUAACUCUUUUUCUCCAACGGAAAAUGGUAAAACUGUUAUUCCUGGAAGUGCAUUUAAUCAUGAAGAUAAUUCAAAACUAGGAAAUAUAACAAAUAUUAAAAAAAAAGUUGUUAAUAUCCAUGAUAAUAGAUAUAAUUAUUAUUCAUAUUAUAUAACUGACAGUAUUUAUGGAUGCUUUAGUGGAAUUAUUUUUGAUGAAUAUAGCAGACCGCCAAUGUAUAUUAUAAAUAAUAACAAAAUAGACUCAAAACAAAUGAUAUUAGAUUCCCCUUUGUAUUUAACAAAUAUAUUUGGGCAAUCAUGUGAUGGGCUUGAUAUGAUUACUUCAUCUACAUAUUUACCUGAAUGUAAUAUAAAUGAUUGGAUUAUAUAUGAAUAUACAGGCGCGUAUACUUUUGUUAGCUCCUCAAAUUUCAAUGGGUUUCAGUCCUGCCAAAAAAUAUACAUUUUCCCUCGAAAUAAAUUUCCCUUUUCCGUUUGA